GGUGCAAGAAUUGCUUUUAGAAUAUGGGAUGUGGGAGGUGACAUUAGGUCUUUUGAUCAAGUUCCAAUUGCUUGCAAAGAUGCCGUAGCAAUCUUGUUUAUGUUUGAUCUUACCAGUAGAUAUACACUCAACAGUAUUAGUGGGUGGUAUAAUGAAGCAACAAAGUGGAAUCAGACUGCAGUUCCUAUAUUAAUUGGAACGAAGUUUGAUGAUUUUGUCCAACUCCCACUAGAUAUUCAAUUGACUAUUGUGACUCAGGCAAGGGCAUAUGCCAGGGCUAUGAAAGCUACCCUUUUCUUCUCAAGUGCAACACACAACAUCAAUGUGAAUAAGAUCUUCAAGUUCAUCAUGGCCAAGCUCUUUAACCUGCAAUGGACUCUGGAAAGAAAUUUGACAAUUGGUGAACCCAUUAUCGACUUCUAAACUUUGUGGCAUUUGGUAUCUAGUAAUAGGCCAAACUCAAUAGUCGAAAUUUUUUUUUAGCUUCUUUUAUUUCUUUAAUAGUGUCAAUAUUGUAUAGUUCACUGUAUAAACAAUCCACAAAUUGCCUCC